AUGCGGCGGGGCCGUCCCGCUGCCGCCCCGCGGCUGCUGCUGCCGCUCCUGGCGGGCAGCCUGCUCGGCCUGGCGGCCCCGCGGGCGGCCGCCGGGGGAGCCGCGGUUCUGCCAGACUGGUGUUUCGCAGAGUGCAGAGCGGGGCCGCGCCUCGACAGGAGCUCCACGUCCCAGAUCGUGGGGGGACACGCGGCUCCCAGCGGCGCCUGGCCCUGGACCGUCAGCCUCCAGCUCCGCCAGGUCGCGGCCAGGUUCGCACACGUGUGCGGGGGAGUUUUAAUCAAUGAGAACUCGGUGCUGACGGCGGCGCACUGCAUCAAAGGGAGGAGGAACCCAUAUUUCUGGAGAGCAGUUCUGGGCGUGCGGAACCUCCGGAAACCCAGCAGACAUGGAGCCAGGAGGAGCAUCCGGAGCAUCGUUGUGCACCCAGAGUUCAACAGAGAGACCUUCGACAACGACAUCGCGCUGUUGGAGCUGGGCUCUGCUGUCCAGUACAGCCCCCACAUCCAGCCCAUCUGCCUGGCCCCCCCAGACCUGCCCCCCAACACCCACAACCACACGGAAUGUUUCAUCAGUGGCUGGGGACGGACGGCAGAGAAAGGUAAAACUACAGAUGUGUUACAAGAAGCACAAGUAGAAAUCAUCCCUUCCAGUGUCUGUAACCACUCGGAUGCCUAUGGAGGCCUGAUCACCGAGAACAUGAUUUGUGCUGGCUCUAGAACUGGAGGCAUCGAUGCCUGUCAGGGUGACAGUGGUGGCCCCCUGGCCUGUUACCAGAGGGACACCAACCAGCACCACCUCAUCGGCAUCGCCAGCUACGGGCAGGGCUGCGGCCGGGCCCAGUUCCCUGGGAUCUACGUCCGUAUGUCCCAGUACAGAGGAUGGAUUGAAUCUGAACUUCUGUUGAGAAACAAGGCUGGGAGUCCCGUGAGCAUCUCACUUCCCAUCCUUCUGACUGUGAUUCCCACAGUCCUGGUGCAGAAUUUUUAGGACAAACCCUUUGGGAAGAGCCAAGUCCUGCUUUGGAAUAAAUCUGAGAGACAAAAGGACACACACUUACUUGUUGGAAGUCAUGUUUGCAGUUGUUUUAUCUUGCCUGUUUUCUGCCUUUGAUUUCCACAGUCGCAGCAGAGGAAACUAUAACGGCCUUGACCCUAGUAGUGAAAUCGAAUAUAGACACGUUACCGACUGAAAGCACUUUUCCCUGCCCAAUUUUUGCCUUCCCAGCAAUCGGAAGCUCAGGUACCACUCCAUGACGCUGCCCGGGUUGUGUCGCCGGCAGAGACUCGCUCCCUCUGCUGGGUGACUACGAGCAGAGCACCGAGUCUGCAGUUCACACGGGCUCAGCUACUGGAAACUAAACAGGAAAAAAAAAAAACAACCCAAACCUGCAGAAAGAUGAAAGGUGUUCUGCACUAAUGAUGUUUUGUGAUGGCUAACAUUUAUGUACCGAUAACUCAGUUCUCUGACUGCUGAGAGGACACAUCUCUGGGUGCUGUUUUGCAGACUAAAUAUUUAUUCUUGGCCACUGAGAUA